AAUCCUACACCGGGCUUGAGCAACGGUUUCUAUACCACUACGCUGACCAACCAGUUCUUGGGAUACUUUCUCGCGAUAUCAAUCAUACCUCUUGGCCCUUUGCGGCUGACCACCCACCUGCAGGAUCUACGAUCGCAUGAUCCUGUAUAGCUAUAGAUACUGUGUAACAUGUGUAACUAAAUCCCCGCCCUUCUUAUUUCUAGGGGUUUGGUUAGUAGUUUCCGAGGACUUCCUGAUGAUAACCUCGUCGGUAUAAUCCAUCCUCUUCAAUAUCGAUCAUCAUGUCUUCGCGGCCCCUAACUUUCCUCUACGCAAGCAGUUGUCUACUUCUAGGGACUACACAUGGACAGGUUUUCGUUGGGACUAAUCGUUCAGAAACCGAGUUUCCAUAUUUGAUACAACCGCCUGAUGGUAUAUCAGGUAAUUGCAACUCGACGUUUGCGUCUGAGGUUACCUGCGACGUGAACCUCCCCGUCAUUGCCUCUGGAGGGUACUUCCCUAGCAAUGAUGACUUGACUAAUCUAUGUAACCUGGACUGUCUUCGAUCGCUCGAGUCUUUCCGCAGCACUCAAGAGCAAUCAUGUGCAGCAGAUGUGAUGGUCGUUUCAGGCUUCACCUAUAAUGUGACUACCACAACGGAUACUUUACUAUGGACCUAUAACUUCACCUGCCGUCGCGACCCGACCUCGGGAGACUUCUGUGCGCCUAUAUUUGAUGCAUGGGCCAAUGGAGAUACGUCGAAAGAUUCGUGUUCGGACUGUAUUCUCGGGGUCUACCAAGUACAGCUUAGCAAUUUCUUGGGAUAUGAUGACAAUCAUGCGUCCGCCUUUUCCUCCUUGACGGUAUCAUGCCAAGCUACCGGCUACCCGUUGACGUCUCCGCCGCCAAACUACAUCACGGAGACGGGCACUCCAACAACAACCACUGUAGCAUCGCCAACGGCUUCGAAAGCGUGCGCUAGCACUUAUACCGUGCAGGACGGAGACGACUGUCACUCGAUUAGUCAAACGGAAGGCAUUUCGACAAGCGAGAUGCUAUAUCUCAACAAUCUACAAGCCGGGUGCACGGAUUUCCCCGGACCAGGUACUUCGCUAUGCAUGCCACACACAUGCGAAGUCUACACCGUCCAACCCAAUGACACAUGCUGGGGCAUAGUCGAAUCCCAUGACUACUCUUUCACGAUAUCACAACUAGUAUCAUGGAACAUCGACAUCAGCAGGGGCUGCGACAACCUCGAACUCCUCAGCGGCAUCCAAAUCUGCGUAAGCUACCCGGGCUCCAUCCCAGAAAUAACCGCCACGGCGCCCGCAUCGACAGCCACCCUAGCCCCUAUCCCAACCGACGUCGUCGACGGCACAAACACGCGGUGCGGGAAGUACUACCGUGUGCGCGCAGGCGACAUCUGCGAGAGCGUAACCCAAAUCGCCGGGAUCUCGCUGGCGGACUUCUACUUCCUCAACCCGGAGGUCAACAGCACGACGUGCGCCAACCUUCUCCUCGGGUACAGCUACUGCGUCCAGGCCGUCGGCGACAUCGCCACGUACCCCGGGUACGGCGGUUCGCCUACCAACCCAUGUGUAGGCGGCACCAAGGCCCCCGACACGAGCUGCUAUGCUACGACGUACGCGACGGCGGACCCGUGGACAUUUCCCGUCGUGAAUACGACUUCGGGGGGUGCGACGACGAGUAAUUAUACUUCCUUGCCGGUGGAGACGGUGGCGCCGUUCCCGACUUCGGGACAUGCGAAUCCGACGCCUGUGCCCCAUCAGAGUGGGAUGGUGGAUGGGUGUGCGAGGUUUUAUUAUGUUGUUGCAAAUGACGGCUGUCUGGACAUCGCGAACCGCUGGGGGGUCCCGUUGGAUACCCUCUAUGCUUGGAACCCUGACCUCCAUACGGACUGUACUGGAUUACAGCUUGGUACUUAUAUCUGUGUUGGGCUUGGUGAUGGGGCUGGCUCUUCUGUGGUCACGGCGACGCCUACGUGAACGGGUUGUUCUAGAUGCCUUAGGUAGGUAUCUGAUAGGUAAGUUUAU